AGUGGAAACAAUUGCGCGAUUCCUAUAUGAAGGCCCAUAAGCGUAUGCAGGGAUAUGUGCGAAGUGGAUCCGGGGCACAAUCUGUCCAGGACAUCCUCUUAAGAGCUCUUUUGCUCAUUACGAAAAAAUGAGAUUUCUUGACGACACAUUAAGCACAAUGCCGACCGUCAACUUUGUGCAACAGCUUGCGGGCAAUUCGACAGAAAGCAGCAGCAGUGGUGUUUAUACCGAAACUGAUAUGGUUGAUGUUAGCAUGAACACCAUCGAGGACGACGAUGGUAGUACGAGUAGAACGGAGGGAACUUCGGAUACAGAUCAUCCAGAGUGUACGGCUUCGAGUAAAUCAAGACUAAAUAGCAAAAAGCGAAAGAAGCAGGUUCAGUUGCAAGAUGCAUUUCUAGAAAUGCUGAAAUCAACACCUCGCCAAGAACGAGAUGUGGUGGACAACUUUGUGGAGCAGUUGGCCGAUAUUUUGCGUCGUCUACCAUAUCCUACUCGCAGAAAUCUUCAAAGAAACAUUAUGGAUAUGGCAAUUAAUACAGAGGAGGCAGUUGAGGCAGAAAUGCAGAAUACACAAAAAUAA